CCUUAAUUUGCUGCUCUCACAAAUUUAUCUCAUUCAUGGAGAUCGCUAAGCUUCCACUUUCUUCACUCCUUGUUCGGGGAAAACAAAUCCAGCACUCCAACACGCCAUUAAGAAAUCUCAAUUUCAAUUUCAAAUCCAAAUCAAACGCACUACAAAGCCCCAAUCUCACAGCAACCAACAAUUCUCAAGUCUCCAGGAAAACCAUAUCUGAUCUCGAAAUUGAGGUCCCCACGAUGGCGGAGAUCGUGGAAUCAUCCAGAUUGCAGAAGCUCCAUCUUCAGCUUCGAAGAUUUGGGCCUUUUUUCAGGAUUACAGCGAAAAGCUUGAAAUCCGGGAGGGAAUUGGGGAGGGCGGAGGGUGUGAUUAGGUUUUGGUUUGGGGGGAAAAUUCUGCAUAUGGAUUCGAUCAAGCUUGAGAGGGAGACGAUUGGGAUGAACAAAUCCAUAUUUGGGAUCGGUUUGUUUCUUGGCGCUAUGGCGAUUAGGUUUGGAUAUGAGUGUGGAUGUGCUAAAGCUGAGCUGCUUGCUAUCAACGACACUCCUCUCUAUCAUUCCAAGCUUGUGAGAUUUUACACAAGGUUAGGGUUCAAACAAGUGUACGAGGUUGAAGGAGGAAGCCUAAGAGAUUUGAGUGACAUGUUAGUUUGGGGUGGUGUUGGAACUCGCAUGGAUGCCAAUCUUCAAGACCUAAUGAUCAAAUGGUGUUCAAGAUUCAAACCAAAGUAAAAUCAUUUUUCUACACUACAAAUUGUAUUAUAAAGAAUGAAACUCUCAGUUACAAACAAAUCACAUCUUAACUCAAAACUUGUUUUUUCAUCAUAACAAAACAUUCUCAGUAAAACCUAUGUACAAGGUGGAACAAACAUUAAAUCAUACUUCUCCUAGUUUCCACAGAAUGCAGCUCCUCCGGUUACGUCAUCCCAAUGCCGUCCCGUAGCCCUUGAAGGCAUGCGUGUAACGUUCGCUGCACGUUGUCGGCCACCACUCUCAACCUUCCCUGAUUGCUAUCACCAGCUGAUGAUCCGUUCGCUUCCACGUUUCUCAUCACUCUCUGCUUGCAUUUGUCCCAGUCGUCGCCGCGCAGCCAGCAGGCGCGCCCUCCGUGGCUGCCCUCCAUUCCGAGGAAGGACACCACGGGGCUUUCACCGAAUGAGUAUCUUAGCCUGACAGAGACGCAGUAUGGCAACCAGGCAGCACCGCCAGCAGCAUUCAGAUGGGGUAUGUGGGCGGGAUCGAGAACCACGGUCAAUGCAAAGUCGACCGAGUUAUGGGCUCGGUCAUAGUGGAUAUUGCUCUUGGAGGCUGAUGAGCUAUCAGAGACCCCUUCUCUGUUGUACCCCAUGUGAUUCUCGAGGCACAGCUCGAUACGGGAUUUUUGUGCGGGGGCGGCUUCGGCUCCUUGCCCUUGACCUAACCCUUUCUUCCACGCUAUGAGUUUCAAAAACUCUCUCAAGACUGAGAUUGGCAAAGUCAGAAGAGUAAUGAAUGAAGCAACCCGAGAAGCGUCGUACGGCUCUGAUGCAACACGCCGGCUAAAGUAGUCGCAUAUCUCUCCUAUUUCGGACUGAGUCAGUUCCUCUUGGGCAGCGGCAGGGUUUUGUUGCUGUUGUUGAGAAUGAUGAAACCUUUUCACACUGAGAACUUGGAGAAGAAGCUGGACUCUGUGAACACUAACUGCGAACACAUAACCUCUGCAAAAGACAUUUCCUUGCAUCAGAAACUGUACAAACAAUACAAGAAUGAAGAAAAUGGAAUCCGUUCUUUUUUUUCUC